UUUGAUGCUUAAUUAAUCCUUUUUUGUAGAUCCUAUUAGAAGCUGGUGCAAAUCCUAAUGUCUAUGGCCCUGACGAGUAUCCCGAGUAUGGAAGGUCUCUCUUUAUGUACAAUGUUGGCUUAAACAAUGAUGAAAAUCAAAAGGUAAGCUGUAGUGCUUGAUGGUAAAGAUAAGAGUAAUUAAAUCCUAUAUAUAUAGAUACUUCUUGAUCGUAAUGUUGAUUUAAACCUACCAGAUCCAAUUAGUGGACAGAGCAUAUUCUAUCAAUUCUUGUUUUCACAACUUGGUGUAUCAGUAGAUUUUAACGACCAAUGCAAAAAAUACUCUAAGCCAACAUGCAAGGAACCCAUAUUUGAAACAAUGAUUAAAAAUUCCACUCCUCUUGUUUCUUAUGUUGAUAAGCCAACAGGAAUGACGCCUUUGGAAGCUGCUAUCCGUAAACAUAAUUAUGUUAUAGUUGAGAAACUUUUGCAACUGAUGGCUGAUCCAAACGUAGAGAGCUCGCAAAACAAUACUGACCAUGAUUAUGCCUUCUUGCUAAAUUUGCACAAACAAAAGAUUCCUUCCAUUUUACAUGCGAUAUUACAAAAUGAUGUGAAGAUGGUUAUGCUAAUCUGUGAGCAUUCAAAGAUUUCCAUUAAUUGGUUAUGGAAGGACGCUGAUGGCCGCAACGUGCUAUCUUAUGUACUUGGAGGCCCAAGUGGUUUCUCAUCUGAAAAUGCCGACAUGUUGGAAUGCCUAAAGAAAGCUAUGGGUGAUGAUGUAUUCCGUAAAGCACUUUGGAUGACCGAUAACCAAGGAUAUUCUCCAGUUAAGCUUGGAUUCCUACGAACAAACCAGACUCUACGUGAAUCUCUAUUAAAGUUGGAACCUACUUGCGCCAACUUUACUGAAACUGAAGAAGAAAAUGAUAGCGCUGAAGACCCUAUGGAAACUGAAAUUGUAUCAGUGGAUCAAAUAGAAGAUGAUGCUCAAAAAGAAAGAGAGCUUCUUCAAAAACAAAAAGAUGCCAAGAAAAAGAAGCACGGUAAAUCCAAAAGAAAAACUCCAGAGGUUGAUCAAUAUUCAAAUCUACAAGAUGUUGGUCAUGUCAUUUGCGAUGAAAACGGCGAAUACUAUGAUGUUAUGCUUUUGAAAGUAGAACUGGGCCAUUGGGGCCACGCUGCUUGCACCUUUUACAAGCUGAGCAUAAUCUACAACAGAAUACUAGACCUUUACAUCCUUUGGACUCGUUGGGGUGAACCUGGUCAAGAAGGUCAAUACCAAAGAACUCCAUUCUUGACAGAGGAAGAAGCAGCUUGUGAAUUCAAGUCUAUCUUUAAAUCCAAAACCUCAAAUAUCUGGGAAGAUCGCUCAUCCUUUGAACCAAAGCCCGGAAAAUACGAAAUACUGACAGAGCCGCAGUACCCCAAAGAUACUCUCCUUACUGAUUUCAACUUUAUGUCAUCUGCCGUAUCGUCUGGUCUACCCGCUGGUGUUUUGAGCAUGAUGAAGCUUAUCUGUAACUAUGAAUACCUUUCCCGAGUAUAUUCUGAAACGCAAAUCGAUAUGCCACUUGGUCAAAUAUCACAGAAACAAAUCGAUAAAGCUUUCCAAAUCUUAAAGGAUGCUAAAGAAAUAAACAAGAAAUACCAUGAAGCUAAAAGUCAGUACACCGACCCUGCUAUGGUAAAGAAAUCUAAACUGUAUGCAUUUCAAUUGACCCAAAAGUGCUUGGAGUAUUCUCGCAUUAUGCCCCAUGCAGGGCAUCCUGCUACUCGUGUCAAAUCUUUAUUGGACUCAGAACGACCGAAAAUCUACGACGCUUCUGGCUAUGAUGUACAAGUUGCAAGGAUGAUGAAUCUAAGCUAUACUGGUUUUGCUGUUAAUGUGGUCCUUGCCGCUAAGCACCGAAUGAACGAGAUAAAUCCAUUAGAUUAUGCUUAUCAUGCUUUGAACUGCUCGUUAAAGGAGAUAUCGUAUAGUGCCACUGAAUACAAUAUGGUUAAUUCGUAUAUGCAGUCGACGUGUCAAACCCAUGAGUUGGUCCAUCUAUUUGCUGUCAAUCGACAAGAAGAACAAAUUAGAUAUCGCCCAUAUGAACAAGAUUUCAACCGCAUGCUACUAUGGCAUGGAUCUAGAAUUGGUAACUUUAUGGGCAUCUUGAAACAAGGCUUACGUGGUGCUCCUUUGACCGCCAAGGCAAAUGGUGCUAUGCUUGGAACCGGCGUGUACUUUGCUGACACUUUUAGAAAGUCGCUUGGUUACUGCACAGAACAUUAUAAUUCAUCAACAUCUUCUUACAGACUGAUGCUUCUAUGUGAAGUUGCACUUGGUAGAACGCAAAUAUACAACAAUUCAGCAGCACCAGAUCCAACACAAUAUGACUCUAUCCGAGGAGUCGGUAGGCAGAUACCUAACCCAUUAAAUGCAGUUUUUGAUAAGCAUGGUGUUCGUAUCCCAUUCGGCCCCUGUAUUACCAAUGACCUUGUUGGCAUACAGGAAGACGCUAUAAAGCUUCAAAACAACGAAUUUAUGGUCUUUGACGAAAGCAGAGUCAAAAUUCGCUACUUACUUAUUAUCAAAGAUAAAUCAUGCUUCUUUUGCUCUAAUGCUCUCAGCGACAACGAAAUGAAGCCUAUCAAAGACCAUAAACAUAAGAAAUAUUCAUUUUCUCAGUUUAACAGUUAUGAAAAAGAGCUAAUCAAAGCUUGUCUUUCGCAGCAGGGAUUAGCCGCUCAAGACAUCUUUGAUAAAGAAAUUGAAGAGUUUGUUCAAGACAGACUAUACAAAAAAAAAUGGGAUACACCUCUUGAUUGCACUAUGGACAGCAAAAUAUGUCACAAAUGUGCAGAAAAUGUACUAGCUAUGAUUCUUGAAAAAUACAUGACAACAGACGAUUGUUCUAUUGAUAUUCCUGAUGCAAUUCGUCAGAGGCCUCAAUGCAAGUAUGGCCGUGGCUGUACUAUGCAAGCAACAAUCACUCAUGCAAAGAAGUACCAACACUGGCUUAAGGAUCAGGAAAUUGAGGAGAUAGCACAAACUGAAGACGAUACAGAAGAAGAGACGGAUGAUGAAACUGAUAUUGAAGAAUAAUAAUUAUAUAUUCCUUAUAUGCUUUACCUUCCUUUUCCUUUUUAAAUAAAAUAUUUAUGCAAU